CGGCGGAGCGGCGCCGCCCCUCGCUGCAUCUCCCCAGCAGCCCUCGGCGGCCGCGCUGGGCAUGCUCAGUCGGCUGGGCCGCUUCAGCUCUCCGAGUAGGAAGCUAGGGCGCUCCGGCCGCAGGGAGCCGCGGCGGGGGGAAAAUGGAGCCCUUCACCAGUGACCGGCUUCCGCUCCCCAGGAAUAUGAUUGAAAACAGCAUGUUUGAGGAAGAACCAGAUGUGGUAGAUUUGGCCAAAGAGCCUUGUUUACAUCCUUUAGAGCCUGACGAGGUGGAAUAUGAGCCCCGGGGCUCUCGGCUGCUGGUGCGGGGCCUGGGCGAGCACGACUUGGAGGAGGACGAGGAGGACUGCGAGUCGUCGGCGAAGCUGCUGGGCAUGUCCUUCAUGAACAGGAGCUCGGGCCUGCGGGCCAGCGGCGCCGGCUACAGGCAGAGCCCCGACGGGGCCUGUUCGUUUCCCUCCCUAAGGACCGUGGCCGUCUGUGCUUUUGUCAUUCUGCUUGCCAUUUCUGUAAUAAUGGUAAUUUAUCUACUGCCCAGAUGUACUUUUACCAAAGAAGGCUGCCAUAAGAAAAACCAAUCAAUGGGACUAAUUCAGCCGAUUGCAACAAAUGGGAAGCUGUUUCCAUGGACACAAGUCAGGCUUCCCACUGCCGUUAUGCCACUGCACUAUGAACUUAACCUACACCCAAACCUAACCUCAAUGACAUUCGAGGGUUCUGUGGUGAUUUCGCUUCAGGCUCUUCAGGCCACGUGGAAUAUCAUUCUUCACAGCACGGGCCAUAAUAUUUCAAGAGUGACCUUUAUGUCAGCAGUUUCAAGCCAAGAGAAACAAGUUGAGGUCCUGGAAUAUCCAUUUCAUGAACAAAUCGCCAUUGUCGCCCCUGAAACCCUUCUUGAGGGGCAGAAUUAUACCUUGAAGAUAGAGUACUCGGCAAAUAUAUCUAGUUCUUAUUAUGGGUUUUAUGGUAUCACCUACACAGAUGAAAGUCAUAAGAAAAAGUACUUUGCAGCAACUCAGUUUGAACCCCUGGCUGCAAGAUCUGCUUUUCCUUGUUUUGAUGAACCAGCAUUUAAAGCCGCAUUUACCAUCAAGAUCAUAAGAGAGGAGCAAUACACUACUUUAUCAAAUAUGCCUAAGAAGUCAUCAGUCAUUGUGAAAGAUGGACUUGUUCAGGAUGAAUUUUUCGAAAGUGUGAAGAUGAGCACUUACCUGGUUGCUUUCAUUGUGGGGGAGAUGAAGAAUCUGAGUCGGGAAAUAAAUGGAACCCUGGUUUCCAUAUAUUCUGUACCAGAAAAGAUUGAUCAAGUUUAUCAUGCCUUGGAAACAACUGUGAAGCUUCUUGAAUUUUACCAAAACUACUUUGAAAUUCAAUACCCACUUAAGAAAUUGGAUUUGGUGGCUAUUCCUGACUUUGAAGCAGGAGCAAUGGAAAAUUGGGGUUUGCUCACCUUCCGAGAAGAGACACUUCUCUAUGACAAUAAUACUUCUUCAGACGCGGAUAGAAAACUGGUUACUAAAGUCAUUGCUCAUGAACUGGCCCAUCAGUGGUUUGGUAAUCUGGUAACGAUGCAGUGGUGGAACGAUUUAUGGCUAAAUGAAGGUUUGGCUACUUUCAUGGAGUAUUUCUCUUUGGAAAAAAUAUUUAAAGAACUGUCCAGUUAUGAAGAUUUCUUAGAUGCUCGAUUUAAAACCAUGAAGAAAGAUUCCUUGAAUUCAUCUCAUCCAAUAUCAUCAUCUGUUCAGUCUUCAGAACAGAUUGAAGAAAUGUUUGAUGCUCUUUCCUAUUUUAAGGGAGCUUCUCUCUUGUUGAUGCUGAAGACUUACCUUGGUAACGAUGUAUUUCAGCGUGCUCUUGUUCUUUACCUGCAUGAUCAUAGCUAUGCAUCCAUUCAAAGUGAUGAUCUGUGGGAUAGUUUUAAUGAGGUCACAAACAAAACACUAGAUAUAAAGAAAAUGAUGAAAACCUGGACCCUGCAGAAAGGGUUUCCUUUAGUGACUGUUCAAAGAAAAGGAAAGGAGCUUCAUGUACAACAAGAAAGAUUCUUUUUAAAUAUGAAGCCUGAAAUUCAGCCUUCAGAUGCAAGCUAUCUAUGGCAUAUUCCACUAUCCUUUGUUACUGAGGGAAGAAAUUCUUCAAAACAUCAAUUGGUAUCAUUUCUGGACAAGAAAUCAGAUGUCAUCAAUCUUACAGAAGAAGUGCAGUGGAUCAAAGUCAAUACAGACAUGACUGGCUAUUAUAUCGUACAUUAUGCAGAUGAUGACUGGGACGCACUAAUCAAACAGUUGAAAAUAAAUCCUUAUGUGCUGAGUGACAAAGACCGAGCCAACCUCAUCAAUAACAUCUUUGAACUUGCAGGCCUAGGCAAAGUGCCUCUUCAGAGGGCCUUUGAUUUGAUUGAUUAUCUUGGAAAUGAGACCUACACGGCACCUAUCACUGAAGCCCUGUUCCAGACAGGCCUCAUCUAUAACCUCCUUGAAAAGCUAGGAUACAUGGAUUUGGCCUCAAGACUGGUGACCAGAGUAUUUAAAUUGCUUCAAAGCCAAAUUCAACACCAAAAUUGGACUGAUGAGGGCACCCCAUCUGCUCGAGAGCUGCGGUCAGCCUUGCUAGAAUUUGCUUGCACCCACAGCCUGGAGAACUGCAGUUCUACUGCCAUGAAGCUAUUUGACGAUUGGGUGGCAUCCAAUGGAACUCUUAGCCUACCUACUGAUGUCAUGACUGCUGUGUUCAAAGUUGGAGCGAGAACUGAGAGGGGCUGGUUGUCCCUCCUAAGCAAGUACACCUCUGUAGGCUCUGAAGCAGAGAAGAAUAAAAUACUUGAAGCUCUUGCCAGCUCAGAGGAUGUACGGAAGCUUUACUGGUUAAUGAAAACUAGCCUCAGUGGAGAUAUCAUCCGAACACAAAAGCUGUCAUUUGUCAUUAGAACAGUGGGCCAGCAUUUUCCUGGACACUUAUUGGCGUGGGAUUUUGUCAAAGAGAACUGGAAUAAGCUUGUACAGAAGUUCCAUCUGGGUUCCUAUACCAUACAGAGUAUUGUUGCUGGAUCAACUCACCUGUUUUCAACAAAGGCACACUUGUCGGAGGUUCAGGCAUUCUUUGAAAAUCAGUCAGAGGCAACCUUCCGGCUUCGUUGUGUCCAGGAGGCUUUGGAAGUCAUUCAGUUGAAUAUCCAGUGGAUGGAGAAGAACCUGAAAACUCUGGCAGGGUGGCUGUAGCAUGCACAACUGCACCUCAUUUCGUCACCCACUCAGAGAGCUUGUUAACUUGGGCUCCGCUUGUUAACUUUUGCAAAAGCCAAGGUGAAGCCAAGGAUAGCUGCUGAGUUGUUUGCAUUCCUGGAAGUUCUAGUUAGCUCAGGGCCCGUCUGUAUUUUUCAUCGGUCUUUCCUGAAAUGUCUUUGGGCAGUACAUAGUUAUUUAUUACAAAUUUCACCUAUAUGGCAACCAUCUACAAAAACAAUAAGUAAUUUUUCUACUUUGAAAAUGCCCAAAUGGGGAAUAAAAUCUGUUUUGGAAUUCUGUUCUGUUUCUCAGUAUCGGUAAAGUACUGACCCAGUGAAACAAGGAAAGAUCUUCCAGGGGAGCCACCAUCUGUGCAGGCUGCUGGUUUGUGAGCCAUGUGUUGCUUCUUGUUGGUAGAUGUUAUUGAAUGUGGUAGCAGCUUAAAAAAAGUAUGGCAGUGAAGUCGAUGAAGCAUGAGACUUAGAGAGCUGAUCUCAGGUGUGCAGAUCUACUUUGAUUUGGGGUUUUGAUUAAUCCUUUAUUUCCUGGGAAAAUUUUAAAUAAGAUCUAUAACUAUUUUCUCUGCAGAGUAGCCAGGUGCUAUAGAAUUUUUAAAUUUUUGUUAUAUUGAAAAGCUAAAUAACAAGGCCAAAAGAUUACAUUUUCCCAAUAUUUAACAUUUUCUUUUUCAUCUUUUAGGAAAAUGUUUCAAACCAAAAUAGCUUUAAUUGUAAUUAUUUUAUUCUUAAGUUUCAGUAUUCUCCAAAUCAGCGCACCUUUCUCACUCCCUGCCAUAUAUAUACCUUAUGUUAUAAAUAAGUAUUUCCAAAGUUGUGGCAAACAUUUUGUUAGUACUGGAGUCUUUUAUCACUAUUCCUAAAAAUAAAGGUUGUUUUAGAUGCCUUUUGGCAUGAUAGAUUAUUUACACUUUCUCUCUGAAUCAUACCCAUAGGUGGAUUUUCAUUUUAUAUGAUAGAGUAGCACAUUAGAAACAUUUUAAAGUAGGGCCUUUGAGAAAUUGAACAUUUUUAUUUGAAGUUCACCAUAGUACCUUAAAGGAAUGAGAGCAUGUGAGAGGGGUUAACUUGAUUCAGGUUGAAUAUGGUGGGCUUUGAAUUUUUUCUACUGUUAAAUACAGUACUUUUCUUUAGUUGAAAAUUCAUAGUUUUAUUUUACCAUGGCCAAACUAACAGAUUAAAAGGAAUGUCCAAAGAAGAAAGAAACAAAGAAAAAUGAGGGAGAAAUCCAAAACUGUAUGGCAUUUUUACUCCUUCUAAAGGAGAAAUACUGUACUUGAAUUUUUUGAGCUCUGCAGACUUAUACCUAGAGUAUUGUGUUUCUUUGAUUCUUAGGAGAAAAACUUUCUUCCUAAUAAUUCUUGUACUUUACAUUUUGUUUGAAACAUCUUCUUUGUACAAAAAGGGUAAUUGCCCAUUUGCAAGCACUUAAAACACUCCACAGAAUCAGACAAUGGCAAAGGUCACCUUUUUUUAUUCAGCAAGUAUAAAAUGAAAAUAUGUCGGAUUGUGUAUAAAAUUAUAUUUUAUUUUAUGAAAAUAUUUUUAUAUAACAAUUUAAAAGGCUGGCAAGCUGAAAGAUAGCCUUCUUUACUCCUAGUGUGUUUUCACCCAAUUUAGUCUUUUCUAAACAUUUAUCUCUCUGUUUUAGAGUAGAAAACAUUAUAUCCUGAGAAUCACAGCAUCAUUUAAAGAUGUCUUAUUGAAACUGGGGUAAUUGUAGGUCUUUAUUCCUUUUGUGCUUCAGUAAAUGAAUGAUAAUUUAGUUGAUAAUGAAAGUGAGUUUUUAUAUUUUUAGAGUAGGGAAAAAAUACUAAACUUUUGAGGGGUUUUUGUUGCUGUUGUUUUUAAUCAUGCUAUAUUACAAAAUCCCACUUUGAUACAGAAUUUAAAUUUUGCUACUUCUCAAAAUCAGUUAAGAUGCUUCAGUUUUACCUACCCAUCUUCACAUUGCUCCUGUAACGUGUGUUAACUAUGCGUAUGGCAAAUUUUGUCCUGGAUUAUAUAAUUUUUCCUGUGAGUGUGUGGUGUCAGGGGGAGUUAUUAUUAUAAGUAAAACUUUAUCAAAACUUCAACUAAAAAAGAGGUAACUCAUAAUCCAUUGUUAUCUUUGUACUCAAAAGCCAUUCAUUCCCGUGAAACCGGAUCCACAAUAUUUGUACUUGUAUUUGUGGGCUUUGCCUCAGAUUAUUUGCAGUUUGAGUAGGCCUUACCUCACAUUUUCCCUCAGAAUUCCAUAAUUUCCAAUGAUAUGUGAACCCAUCUAUAUGAGACAUCUGAAACUAACCUGUCGGGAACAUAAGGUUAAUAGGUAAAACAUGUGGUAUAAUAUGUGUAAUUGUAGCUUUUGAAGUUUUCCCCAAAAAACUUUAUUUUAGCCACUAUAUUUCUGAGAACACAAAUAGAUCGAAGCACAGCAGUCACAGUAUGCUUUUUAUAUAAGCACAUAAGUCCAUGAUACGAUUAAAUACUUGUUUGACAAGUAUUAUAUGCAUUGUAGAUGGACAGUCUACAAAUUGAAAAGACAUACCUAGAUUCUUAGGAAAGGUAGAAUGGGAAAUCCAAAAUUGUGGGAACACAACACUUAUGUUUUGGAGAUUUGAAAAGCUAUGAAAGUAGAAAUCUAAGGAGUCCAGUUCUGUAAUAUCAAGUGAUUGGAUAUAUUAAACUGCAAGGAGUGUCGGCCUCCGCCAUAAGCCUGCACCUUCCUCCAUCUUGCUGAUUAUAUAAAUCUCUUUAAGUGAAAUUGUUUUCUUUGCCAUUGUUUCAGUGUUCAUCAACUUUCUAUCACAGGUUCCACUUAACUCUUAAUAUUCUUUGCCACUCAUGUUUUCAUUUUAUUGUACUUAAACAUUGUAGGAACAAAAGAGCUGGCAGAAGAGCUCUGGGUACAUAGAGGAUGCUGAGCUGCAUCAGUCUUACUGGGUACAGAAUAGAAUCCUUUCUGAAUAUUGGACAGUAAAAAAUGAAAGUUAAGUAAGUGCUGAGUUUGUUGAAUUACUGAUAGCCUGUUACUGACUUGGAUUUUUAAAAAUUCUACUCAGACUAAAGCACCUGGCACCAUAAUCAGUAGUCAGAUUGCUGCCCCAUCAUAUAAUCCCUGUGCAUUUUGUGGGGCUGCAGGGAAGGCGUACGCACCUCAGGAGAUGUGUCAUCACCAAGCAUAGUAGUUCCUGGGCUAAGUCUGCAGGAUGAAACCUGAAUUCCCUAGGUAGGAGGUAGCUCUUCUCCCCUUUGCCUGUGUUUUUAGUGUUUUUAUUGGAAUUAACUCUCUUUUUAAAGAGCUUCCCCAACCCCCAUUUGUAUUUUUAAAAAUAAUGUACAUAAUUUUGCUGGAUUUUUUUGCAUUUUUACUUUGUGCUUCAUUCUUUGCAUUGGCAAGUAAGUGCCAAAUGAAAAGUGGAGGUCCAAAAGUAUGAUAAAUCUCCUCUUCUCCCUUUCCCUUAUUGCCGGCAUGGGCAAUAGCUAGUAGAAUAGUUGACUGAUUUCUUUCAGUGGCUUUUUGGAAGUAUAUACUUUAAAAAUGUACAUAUGUGUUUUUAUAUUUCAUUUUGUAUAUUUUGUCCUGAUGAAAAGUGGAAUAGUAUCCAUGAAAAUCUCUUCUGUCUUCCUGUAUUGUCUGUGUGGGCAACAGCUAUAGAGUAGUUUUUUUAAAUUUUCUGUUUUGGAAGAAGGUGGUGAUACUGGGAAGAGAGCAGCAUAUGUUCUUUUAAAAAUGUGUACAAAUGUUUUUGCUGCUGUUUUGUGGGUGUUGUUUCAUUUUGUAUUUCAUUGAUCCUUCUCAUGGAUAUGUAGCUAUCUAAUGAAGUGUGGAGAUCCAGAAGUAUGACAGAUGUCCCAUGCACCCCUCCCCUAUUGCCUGCAUGGACAAUAACUAAUAGAGUUGUUGGUGCUGUUGUUUUGAUCUAGUCUUAGGGGUAGGGGGAGAUCUGUAUCAUUCUUUCAAAUGUAUAUAAAUUUUAUGCUACUUAUUUAUAUUUCAUUUUAUAUGUGUUCUUUUGCAUGGAUGCAUAUGUACUUAAUGAAAAUUGAAGUUCACAGAAUGACAGAUUUCCUCUUUUCCUUUUGCUUCUUUGGACACUAGAGUAGUUUGUUUUGUUCUAUAGUGUAGGAGAGAAUGGGGUAUGUACCUAAUGUAUAUAAAUAAAUUUGCUACUACUUUGUAUUAUUAAUUCAUUUUGUACAAAGUCCUUCUCAUAGGAUGUUUAAGUACCUAAUGAGAUGUGGAGGUCCGGAUGUAUGACAAUCUCCUCUGGUCCCCUUCCCUCAUUGCCUGUGUGGGCAAUGGCUAGUAUGUAGUUGUUGGAGUGGGUUUUGGGGGGCAUGGAAAGGCAGGCAGGGAUGUGUACUUACUAUAUAUAUCUACUUUUACUACUGUGUUGUAUUAUUUCAUUAGGUGCCCAGACUGGAAGGUACCUAAUGACCCAUGGAAGUCCGGAUGUAUAACAGUCUCCUCUUCUCCCCUCCCCAUGUUGCCUGUGUGGGCAAUGGCUAUUAGAGAACUUGGCUAGUUUCAGGGUUCUUUUGUGGAUCUAGGGGUAAAUACUUUCUACUUUCUUGUUAUAGUUUUCAGUGGGCACCAGUCCUUCACUUGGACACGUAGGCUCCUAAUGAACCAUGGAACUCUGGAUAUAUAGCAAUCUCCUAUUGUCUCUUUCCCUUUUUAUCUCUGUAGACAGUAAUUUUAAAGAAGUUUGGGGUUUUUUUAAGUUUGGGGGAUUGGGAAGGGACUAAGGGCUGGAUAUAUCCUUUUUAAAACUAUAUAUACAGUGUGUGUUACUAUGUUGUGUUACUGCAUUCUGUACCCCGUCCCUUACUUGGACGCGUAGGUACCUAAUGAGAUGUGGAGGUCCGGAUGUAUGAAAAUGUCCUCUUUUCCCCUUUCCUUAUUGCCUUUGUGGGCAAUAGUUUUAGAGUAGUCUAGAUUAUUUUUUUACUCUACCACUCCCUCCCUGGGAGGGUGGUAAUAUGUACUUUAAAAAAUGUAUAUAAAUGUUUUUGCUUUUUUUGUUAUUUUGUACCUAGACCUUCCAUAGUCCCUUAGGCACAUGAUGAAAAUUAAGAUUCAUUCUAUGAAAAAAAUCUCUUCUCCCCUUCCCUAUUGCCUGUGCAGGCAGUGACUAGUGGCAUAGUUGUUGAGAGGUUUUGGGGUUUUUGGUUUUUUCUUCAGCAAGGUUAAUGGGGGAUUUCUGGGCUUGCAUUUUUAAAAAAUAUAUAUAAAUGUUUGCUGCCUUUUUUGUUUUUUCACUCCAAAUCUGUUUUUCUGUUUGGAUUUGUAGAUAUCAGAUGUAAUGCAGAGGCACAGAUCCAGAGGUGUGGUCAGUCUUUUCUCCCUUCCACUAUAGCCUGUCUUCAAGGGCAGUAAUAUGAGAAUACUGUAGGGCUUAGGGUCUUUUUGUUUGUUUCUUGAGUUUUUAACGGGGAAUUGGCUUGUUAGGCAAGAUAUGUAGUUUUUAAACUGUAUAUAAAUGUUUUGCCUAUUUUUGUUCACUUCAUUUUGAAUCUAGUUCUUUAUAUGACUAUUUAGGUACUUAAUGAAAGUUGAGAUUGAUUCUAUGAAAUAUCUCCCCUAUGCCCCUUCUCUCAUUCCCUGGUGGGCAAUGGUAGAAGAAUAGAUGUUUGGUUGCUUUUUUUGGAGGGGUAGGAGGAUGGGGGAGGUGUGUGUGUGUAUUUUUAAUGUAUAUAAAUGUUUGCUACAUUUGUGUAUUAUUUCAUUUAGUACUCAGUCCUUUGCCGGGACUUGUCCAUACAUAAUGAAACAUGGAGGUCCAGACCUAUGAUAAAGCUCCUCUGUUCCCCUUCCCCCACUGCCAGCACAGGAAUAGUUUUACAAUUUGGGUUGUUUUUUAGGGGGAGGGAUUAUUUGGGUGGGUAGGGUUGGGGGAAAGGACAGGGUGUGAACAUUUAUACACACACACACACACAUAAAUGUACAUGUUAUUGAUUUGGUACCUAGUCCUUUGAAUGGAUGUAUAGGUACCAAAUGAAAAUUGAGGAUCAGUGUAUGACAGAUCUCCCCUCUCCCUGGCCCCUUAUUGCCUUUGUAGGCAAUAGUGACUAGAAUAGUUGUAUGCUGUUUACUGACUUAUUUGUUUUAGUGGGAUGUUUAUUUCUAGCAGGGAAAUAUUUUUAAUACAUAUAAAUAUGUUUUCAGUUCUUUGUUAUUCCAUUUGUAUUCAGUCUUUUGCAUGGCUAUGUAGGGACCUAAUUAAAAUUGAGUUUCAUAAAUUGACAGAUCAUUUCCUCCUUUCCUGCUUAUUUCCUCGUUUAGCUGUAGCUAGAGUAGUUGCUGUUUUGUGGUGAGUUUGUUUUCUUCUCUAUGCCUUUAAAGAUGUAAAUAUACACACACAUAAUUUGCUUUUUAAAAUAUUUUUCCUUUACUACUUAGUCCCUUGAAGAGCUCUGAAUUACCUAACAAAAAUAAAGUUCCACCAACUCCCUGCCAUCUGACUUGAAGGUGUUGCAUUGUGGUGAUAUGUCACUAAUAGCAGCAGGCAUGUAGCCAGUAAGAUGGGAGAAGACACUUGGGCGUGGCUGAGCUGUGAAAGCUAAUUGGAUCCCGCCCUUCCUCUGUUGAUUCAAACUGAAUGAAAUGGUGGGAAGGGACCUGUACUUUGGAAAUUUCGGAAAGGCAAGAGAACAGUACUAGGUAAAAGUAUGUUUAAAUUUAUUGUUGAUUAACCUUUCAGUGACUGGUAAGCCAAUAAAAGCCCCUUGAGAGUAGCUACUUUCGAGGACUGGAAUUCUGAUUCUCUGUAGAAGCCUGCUGCAGUUCCAUCAGUAGCAUAUUCCUGUGUACCCAGUAAAAAUUAGUUUCAUUUUUGUAAUGAAACUUCUGAGUUAUUGCCAUGGUUCUAGUGAUUGACAAAAUGGCCCCAAAAACAUCCAAAAAAAUUGGAGGGACAACCCUUGUACCUUUCAACCCCGACAUGUAUACAGUGGGGCAAGCUGGUCCUUUCCUACCCAGAGCUCUUCUGUGUGGUAUCUGCCUCCUCAGUCCUCCAUUAGCUGGACCAUUCUUGUUCUUUUUUCCUUUUUUCUUCAGUGCCUGCACCAUUAGAUUUAUCUUCAAGUGCACUAAAAAGUAUAAGCCAGUGUUGCCUCAUUAGCUGAAUGUUUUUGCAUGCGUUUCAUACACCCAGACCUGUAUGUUCACCUUCAGCAUCCUGAAAUCAUACAUCACAUUGACGCUUCAUCCACCUCAUAAUAAAUAUUAUGACUCCAUAUUUGUCUGUAUCAAAGAAAAUGCACGUGUAAAUCCAUCCCCCUGUCCCUCUCUUCCUCCCUUCCUUCCUUCCUUCCUUUCAGCUUCUGAGCAUCAUUGGUUUGUUGUGCAAUUUAUAAUUAAUAUAAUGCUGAAGAUUUGCCAUAUUAUUACUUUUUUUAGAAGCAUUGAGUGAUAGGACUCUUGGAAAAUUUGCAGAGAUGUUAUUUACCAUAUCAAACUCUCAGGUUCUACUGCUGAAAAAUUAGCCUAUACUUUGCUGUUACUUAUACCUGCUGCUGUAGAAAAAAUAAAAGUUUAUUCAUGACACAUUUAACUUUGAUCAUAAAUAAAAGAGAAGGGGGCAUCUUUUUAGAGUUAGUCAUGGUAGUCAGUGAUAUUUCUGAACAGUUUUUAAUUUAAAAUACUUCAAAGAAAGUAAAGGUCAUGGCUUAGCUGACUAAAAUGCUCCAGAAAUUGAACUGAAUAGACCAUCAGUACAAUGACAUACCCAUGUGUGCGUGCGUGUGUAUCAAACGAGAAUUAAAUUCUAAUUGGAGCAUUUGCAUUAAUCAACAAAACUCACAUUGAGACAAAACUUAACACUUGGCUUAGACUCAAGCCAAGCGUUCCACAUCGCUGUGAAGAAUAGUCUCUUUCAAACAUGUUGAAAAGUAGUUACUUGGAAACUUGUAAAGGUAUUACAUUUUUGUAUUUAAACACCUAUGGAGAUCUCCAAUUCUUGAAUCUGAGCUUGUGGGUGGAAUUCUAAAUUUAUAUCAUCUGUCUUUUGUGGAAAAUUUUGAAAAUAGUAUGUGUAUAUAUAUAAAGCAUUAUAUAUGCAAAUUGUGUUGUAUCACUUGUAAAGGGAAAAAGCUUAUUUUUCUUUAUACUUCUGAUAACUUGUUUUGCAUAUGACCAGCACUGACUGAAAGGCAUGUGUAACUGCAAACACUGUUGCUUUUUUUGUGAAAUGACAAUAAAAAUAUUUAAAUAUAAAUAUCA